GUCAGUGCAGCGACGAGCGGCGCCGUGCUGCGCUCCGACCGAGCUCUGCUGUCCGCCGCGCCGCCGCAGCCAUGGGGAAGAAGAACUCGAAGCUGAAGCAGGAGACGAUGGACCGCCUGCUGAGCGAGACCUACUUCACGAAAAAGGAGAUAAAACACUGGCACAAAGGCUUCAUCAAGGACUAUCCCAAUGGCGAGCUAGACGAACAGGGCUUCAUCAAGAUCUAUAAACAGUUCUUCCCGCACGGCGACCCCACAAAGUUCGCCUCCCUCGUGUUCCGCGUGUUCGACGUCAACAAGGACGGAUCGAUAGAAUUCCAGGAAUUUAUCAAAGCCCUCAGUGUGACGUCACGGGGGAACAUGGAUGAGAAGCUUGAAUGGGCAUUUAAACUGUACGACGUGGACAACGAUGGAUAUAUCACAAGAGAAGAGAUGUAUAACAUUGUCGGAGCCAUCUACGAAAUGGUUGGGCAGCAGGUGAGUGACGACGAUGAGAACAGUGCCAAGAGUCGUGUCGACAAGAUAUACGAGCUGAUGGACCAGAACGGCGACAAUCAGCUCACCUUCGAGGAGUUCAAGGAGGGCAGCAAGACAGACCCGCGAAUAGUCCAAGCACUCAGCUUCGGCGAAACGCCCUAACACAGCCGGUCGGGACACUGUGGUGACCGGCACUCCAGCAGUGCCCCGCUCGCGCACCGAGGAGGACCUUUUUUCGGGAGUGGCUCGUGACAUGUGAGCGGGUCCAUUUGGACAGACAUCCAGCGGCCCCGGCUGUCCCCCGCACCGAGCCAACCGCCGCGUUCCGGUUGCUCCCAGUUGCGCACAGGCCCGGUGAUACAUGUGGACAAGUGAACGAAUACUCCUCCAGCUGCGCUUUCGACCCAGCCAGCCGGGGCUCCUCCAUCUGCGCGCACGGCCCAGUGAACAGCGCCCCUCCAGCUACGCUCUGCUUGCGCCUCAGCGAGCCAGGGCUCCUCCAACCGCGCAUGCAGCCCAGUGAGGCAGAGCUCCUCCAGUCCAGCUGUGCCAGCGGACGAGCAAGCCCAAGUCCCUCCAGCUACGUGUGCGGCCUGGUGAGCCGCUUCCCAUCUGCGCGUGCGGCCCGGUGAGCCGCACCCCAGCUGCGUGUGCGGCCCGGUGAGCCGCACCCCAGCUGCGUGUGCGGCCCGGUGAGCCGCUCCCCAGCUGCUCGUGCGGCCCGGUGAGCCGCACCCCAGCUGCAUGUACGG